GUCUUUGGGCUGUGGGUGGGGACUUGUCUGCGGUAGCGUCUAUAUUUGAAGAGUUGCAGAUAUAUUAUUGUAAUAAGAAAGUGCUUUGUAACUUUGCAUCUAUACACCAACAUCGGCUUUCAGCUCCUUUGCCUGAUCGCCUCUCUCUUUUUCUCUUCCUCUCUCGGCUAUCGGUUACCUUUUGUUGAUGAUGAAGUUGAUGCCCAGAGCUCAAUCAGUCAGCUGGGUCUUUGUUGCCUUGUAUGGUGUUUAUGUGAUUGGGCUCUUUCAUGCAGCUGCUGCUCAAACCUCUGAAGCCAAUGCUACCACUGAUCCAUCUGAAGUGACAAUUUUGAAUUCUAUAUUUCAACAAUGGGGAAUCUCAGCAUCAAACGAAUGGAACACAAGUGGGGAACCAUGCACCGGAGCUGCUCUUGAUAGCGCUGACAUUAAAAAUCCCGGAAUCAAAUGUGAUUGUUCCUACGACAAUGCCUCUACUUGCCAUAUCACUCAACUGAAAGUUUAUGCAUUGGACGUCGUUGGUGCAAUCCCAGAUGAGCUAUGGAAUUUGACUUUCCUCACCAAUCUGAAUUUGGGUCAAAAUUAUUUGACAGGUUCCCUGUCCGCAUCCAUUGGCAAUCUAACAAGCAUGCAGUACUUGAGCCUGGGAAUUAAUGCACUAUCAGGGGAGCUUCCUAAGGAACUUGGACAGCUUACUGAUUUACGAUCAAUUGCCUUUGGGACAAACAACUUCUCUGGUUCUCUGCCAUCUGAGCUUGGGAAUUUGGUGAAGUUAGAACAACUAUACACUCUAGGUUCUCUACAAACACAUUUCCUAGUUGGGACCGAGCUCAACCCAUGCAUGUAUUGGGCCACAAUGGGGAAAUCAAUACACUUCGAGGCAAUGUAAACUGGAUGAAGGCACGUGAGGAUCUAUUGAAGUGCAAGGAACUUGGCCUAUCAAAGAAUGAGAUGAGGAAGCUUCUACCCAUUGUAGAUGCCAGCU